ACGGUCGCGCGCCGCGCGUCACAGAAACAACUGCCGACCUGUCGCCCCCCCCACUCCCGCGCGCCGCGCGGCUUCGCAGUUGCCGGUCGGCCGCUCGCCGGCUAACGUCGGGGAGAUAGUUAACGUAUUCGAUACGGCGAAAUAUUUAACAGGCCGGCGGUGUGCGCGGUCGUUUAACGCGGACUGCUUCGCGUGUGUUUGCACAUUCGCCUCGUCCAGAAUCCCAGAGCCGGGGCUCACUUUUUAGACGACAACGGAUCGGGAUUCGAAAUAGAAUUCUGUAAUCUGUGAUCUCCCUCUCUCUCUCUCUUGCUCUCUGUGUUUUGCGUCUCGUUUGAAACACGACAAACAUUCGGAAUAAACGACGUUGAAGUGUGUUUCGUCGAUAAUAUGUGCAUCGGAAUGUGCGACAGGGUGAGGGGGCAUGUUGGUGUGUCGGCGGUUGCUGCUGAUCGCAGCCGCGAUUGCGGCCGCGAUCGAGGCUGGCUCGGCUAGUUACCACCCCGGCAUUUCGUCAUCGGACUACUCCGGAUACCCGAGCGGAUACGCGGUUUACUCCGGCGCGACGUCACCCGAGUCCUCGUCGUCGCCGAGCUCGUCCACGUCCGGCCCGACGUCCGAGCCCGCGGCCAGCAACGCCGAGCCGCUCUGCCGGCCGUCCGAGUUCCAAUGCGGCACCACCGGACAUUGCGUCGCGCAGGACAAGUACUGCGACGGCGAGAAUGACUGCGACGACAAGUCUGACGAGCCGAGAUAUUGCACCCCCUGCAAUCGGACGUUGUACGGUGACGUCGGCCGGACCUACAGGGUGGAAAUCCGCCGACCAAGGGAGGAUCGACUGCCAUUCCUGUGUCACCUCAACUUCACUGCCGCCGGAUCCGAUCUCGGGGAUCUAGUCCAGUUAACUUUUGAUACCUUCACGGUCGGCCGCUUUCUAUCCUUUACGUCGGAAGGAUGUCCAGAUGGUUUCAUGACUAUUCGCGAGGAAGGUCGUCCUGCGACGGGAGGACAAUGGUGUGGCAGCGCGUGGGGCUACACCGUCUAUUACAGCGAAACUCCUUCCAUCAAUCUGACUUUAUAUUUACUACGUUUAUCAGAGCAGGGUAUCGGCUACAACUUCGACUUCAAGCUGUCGUACAAGUUCCUGAGAAGAAGCGAGGCGCAUCUCAGAUACGGAAACAGCAGUAUGUCCACAUGGCGCGGCGAGCUGGUGAACGGCACGUAUUGCGAUCGCGUCCUCACCAAGUGCGAUACUAGAGCCUGCCGGCUGCAGUCGCCAAAUUAUCCCGGAGUUUACCCCAGGAAUGUCACUUGCUACUAUCGGGUGGAGCAGAACCGCGCGCCGGUGGGUCAUCGGGCUCUGCUCGCCGUUAGUCAGAGAAACAGUCACAAGAUACACAUUAAGGACCAGGUCGUGAAGUACGACAGGAGUCAGCGAGUGCUAAGGGUGUGGGAUCAGUGCAACGUCGUGCAGGAUUACUUAACAGUAUACGACGGAGGUUCAACUUCAGACCGCGUGCUUGUAAGGCUGUGUGGAGGAGAUGCGGUGCCAGACAUCAUCAGCAGUCACAAUACCAUGUUGCUAGAGUUCCACACGUCCCCGUACGACAAUCCGUUUCAUCCAGUACCACUGUCUUUCCUGCCAGGAUUUGAGCUCGAAGUUCAGGUGAUCUUUGUCGACGAAAAGUCUCGGAGUUUCGUGAAGGAAAACGACAACUGCGACUUUUAUAUAUCCGGCGAUGAGAACUCGUCGGGCAUCCUGGAAAAUCCGAAACACUCUUUGCCGCCGAAUACAACUUGCCGGUACCACUUCCAAGGGAAACUGAAUGAAAUCGUUUGGCUAUCGUUCGUUAAAUAUUACGCCGCUAGCGUGGAAGCUGCUGCGAGUAUCGACACUGCCGCUGAUUGCAAUGCAAAGCUCCUGAUAUGGGAUGGCGAUAUCACAGUGGACAAACUUACUUCCAGCCGAAAAAACAUUACGCUGAUGGGACAGUUCUGCAAGGACGACAUACCGCGACUCUGCGAUCACAGUCUGCUGCGCAAUAGCAGCCGUCACACGCGGCCAUGCAGCCUCGCGGAGAGUUACGUGUCGACAGGCCGCGACCUCACCCUGGAACACAUAUUGCGCCAGGGUAGCGCGCUAUAUCCGAUAAGUUUCGUGCUGCGCUACGAGUUCGUCCACGAGGCCGUCUCGUGUAACCACGUGUUCGCCUCGGCGCCGUCGGCCUCAUCCACGUCUUCCACGUCGUCCUUAUCCUCCUCUUCCUCCUCGUCCUCCUCGUCCUCCUUAUCGUCCAACUCCGGCAAGUUCGCGUCACCGAAGAACGUGUUCUUCUAUGGUCGCGGCGGGGCGCAGAAUCUCAGCUGCGUGUAUAGAUUCGAGGCCGAGCCUGAUCACAGAAUAGAGCUGUCCUUCGUCAGAGCCUCCUUCGGUGGCAAGAGCUGCGCGUCUUACGUGGACCCGUUGGUGAAUCGAUGGACGUGCGACCGCCGUAUGGCGGAUGUUAAAAAAUUCGGCAUGGCGGAUCUUGUCGUCGCUGAGUAUCCUUGGCAAGGAGUCGAACUGGUUCGCGAUUGUCUGUGCUCAAACGUGAGCGAGAGAAUCGUCGUCCGGACCCUGACGUCGAACGUGGUGGAGAUCAGGUUUACCAUCACGCUCAUGAACGUCACCCAGGAUUACCGAGACUUCUUCUUCGAGGGGGAAUACCGUUUCGUCCCGGUGAGCGCGGAGUCGAACGAGCACGGCUGUUCGAGACUGGAGGAGCGACGACUGCGCGGCACCAGCGGCGAGAUCUCCCUGAGGAGUCCGCUGCCGCGGGUGAUCCCCGGCCUGGCAGCGGUGGAGGAGAUCCUGACCAACACGGAGGACCUGACGGCGACGCAAUGCGUCAACGAGCCAUGGCUGAUCGAGCCCGAGGACGCGCGCAUCAAUUUCCUGUACUUGAGAACCGCCGGCUUCGGCAUCACCCUGGACAACGUCAUGGAGUGCGCGACCCUGAACAGAAUCGUCGUCUACUCGGCCGCGAACACGAAGGAGCGCAGCGUGAUCUGUCCGGAGGGCGGCGUCGACACGGCCAGGACCGUCGAUUUCUUCUCGGGUGGCUGGAAUUACAGCGCCGUGAAUGCGAGCGUGGCGAUGGCCCAGCACUCCCGCAGCUUCGUCGUGGAGUUCCUCCAGCGGGAACCCGGUUUCUACGCCGUCACGUGGAUCGCCAUCUCCAAACGGUCACCGGCCGCGCCGAAUUUAGGUGCCAACGCGUUUACUAUAUUGCCCGCGGAAGAUUGCCCGUACAGGUGUCCAGAGAUCCAGGCGUGCAUCAGCUCUGUCCUGUGGUGCGACGGCGUGCGCCAUUGUCCCUCGGGCUUCGACGAGGAAGAGGCCAAUUGUUCGUACCGCUUCGGGGUGACGCUGCUCUACGUCGCGGUGGGCGCCGGUGCCCUCGGUAUAUUCCUGAUCCUCCUGCUGGCCACUGGUUGUCUCAAGUACUGCCUCUACCGGCACAAGGCGCGCAAGAAGAAGAAGAACGUCGCCCUGAACGUCAAUCAUCUCCACGUGAAUCACACUCACCACAACAACGGCUUGACCGGGAGCCGGCUGAGCGGACGCUACAACCUAGCCACGCCCCAGGAAAUGUACCUGGAGAAUUACGGGAAGGACAGUAUUUGUUGACAAUACGCCAUCGCCAAUAUCGAGACCACCGUGUGAAUAGUCAUGAUUUUUAAAUGCCUACCUCGCUCUGGGCCCUCCCUCCUCCACUUUCCCCAUCAACCUCCCCCCCCGAGUAACGGACCGGAGUGUACGGCAGCCAAACACUCCCAUCCCCAAGGCACGUAUACACGUACACACACGGCAGACUUACAUGCGCACCUGCGCGUAAAUACGCGUGCAUACACAUACAUACACACGUAUACAUACUCUCGCAGUAAUCGUACGAAAUCCCGUAGAAUAUAUCCGAAGCGCAUAGAAGCGAGCGCACGAGACGUGCUCGAUGGCCACUUGGCUGGUGGCGAAUGUAGCCGAGUUCUAUUCCUCUGAUCGAAUCAUAACGAUCGGCUUGCCUUGAAUGAGCGGAUCGCGAUUCGAGUCAUUAGACCGGGGUGGGCGAUAACCGGCGAGCUUGUCGCGCGAGAAUGGAUACCGUGGAGAGCGCGAUCCUCCAGAAAGGAGUCGCGAUGAAAGGUAGAUAAUAACCGCACCUCGUACGCUCGUGUUUAUGGCAUUUACGAUAAACACCGCAGUAUCAUGGUAGGUUUAGAUACACACGAUUUAGGAGUAAAAAGAAAAAAAAAUGGGAGAUACGCGCGAGUGGACGAAGAGCGGCGAAAUUGGCGUUUUACGCGUACGCAAUGCUUCUAAGAGACGUAGGAUACGCUGUUUCCGUUGAGUGCACAUUCUGUCGGUUAUCGAGCGAACGUCGUAAACGUCUACGAUGGCAGUACGAUGAUAAAAGUAACGAGAUGGAGGAGCAAAGAGAAUACACGCGAUGUUGUACCAGCGCUAAAGCGCGAGAGUAGCGUUUCAGAUAGCUCGCAUGUGAAUGACGACGCGAUGGACGGAAAAAGGGUGCGCGAAGAGUCGCGAACGACAUCCGGGGUAAGGUUCGAGUGCAGUUGUACCUCUCUGAUCCACGAUCUCGCCCGUUCCGACGAUUCGCACUUAUCGGUAACACCACAUGCAUUCUUGUGACACGAGAUCCAGGAGGGGGAAAAAAAAAUUGAUAAAGAGUUGGCCGUGAUUUAAGGAGGAUUAGCUGAUCGACGUUCGCGCAAGGUCUCGAUGAUCGUUACAAUCGGACUCACGCGCUUCACACCCCCGUCUAGCCUGAUUUUCUCAUUGGAUCACCUAUGAUUGCGGCCGGACCAGCCGUAGACUUGGACUACGUCAGUGCUAAUGCAUUGUUCUAGAUUAGGGUGACUGCACUAUCGGGAAGUGUUAACGCUAAAUUCUCAUCACUUCGGGAUUUGGUUAAGAGCAUUCGCAAUCUGACGCUGUGAUCGGGAAUUAUACAGGUACGAUGAAUUUUGUGAUAAACCUGAUAAUUGGACGAGUCGAUAUUUCCGUGCCGCAAAGUACUUUCCUACGGUCUGAUCGGUUGUUACCUGAUGCCAAUCUAGUACAGUCAUCCUUACAUUAUAAUUAAUGUUAUGGAUUAUUGUAUAAUAUAUUAACUCCAUCUCGCACAACUAUGUGUUCGCCCAUUACAAUACGGUGAUCGGGCCUCACUCUUUUUUACGUCGAUCCGGCAAUCAUUUUUUUAUAUUAUCCACAUUGGUGAUUUUCGACUUUUCAACUUCAUAGGUGAUUUAUGGAAGACGGCAUGAUACGUAGAUAAUUUACUCGUAUAAUCUAGGUUCGGUAUCGAUACGCGCGGCUUGAAUGAGACGUAGAUACCCACGUGUAAUUAAUUGGAUGCCACAGGAGCGUUGUACAGCGUAAUCCUGUUAAGCAAAUGGACGCAGUCUCCACGCGUUAGCCUAUUAUAGACACUGUAUGGUAAGGCACGUCUAACGUACGUCUGUAUGCUGUGAUAGAAGUAAGCGUAUCAACAAUCGGAAAUAAAUCUCACGCGUAAAUUUCACGUUCGCAUAUGCGCAUCCUCGAGAACCAUCGCCGAAGAUGGGGAUCCUUCAGUGCAAUUUUCCUUGGCGGGACCGAUAUCUUAACGCCGCCCAGUCUGUAAUUUCUAGAUGAUGAAUCGGGAAGACACGCGAUGUGUGAGUUGAACGCCGAGAUGCAAACUCAUUCUUCGAACGUAAUGCGCGUAGUUUGAUAGAACAUUCGAUUAAAGCAAACCCGUAGCGAGCAGACUUGGGUGGAGAAGCGACACAGGUCGACAAGAAUUUGACGCAUUAUACAAUAUUUAAGAAAUCACGUAAUCAAAUUAGGGCAAAGCAAAAUUUUAUACACUUCCCUUUUAAAAACGUAGAAGAUACGAGGAGCGAUAUAUUUCAAAUUGAAAAGAAUUUCUCGAGCUCCGUUGUUUUAAACAGUAGUCCAUUACAAAAUCUCGCGCGAGAAAACCAUAAUUAUAGUUGCAUCUGCAAUUUUGGAUGUUUUUAAUUAACGUUAAUUGCGGUGUUUUGAUACGGUGUUUUUGCGAACUCGCGAACUUGAACACUCCUGCAGAGAACGUCGGUCGCGUUAAGAUACUCUUCUCGCCAGUCUCGUGAAUUGCUCCGUGAAUAAUUCACUUAAGGACAUCGCCUACCAACGAAUACUGCCGCGAUUAUUAUUUAUUCAUAAAGUUUUAUAAGUCUCUUUCUACCCGAAAUACGAAAAGCUGUCCGAGUAUAUGACGCUCUGUAACUCUAUAAGAUCACGGAAUCCGAUAACGAAUAACGUACUAGCGAAUAGCGUAGCGUGCAUCAGAAGCGAAACUGGUGCACACCCGCCGGGCUCCUCGAUGUGUUAACCGCGCGACUGCCACAUUAAAGACAUGUUAAAAUUUACUCUAACAUAUCGAAAGUCCGAAAUUAAUUUAAGCGCGCCACCAUCCAUCUAGCCGAGACCGAAGUCGCGAGGUCACUUUUUCACGGAUCACCGGGGGCGACUUCUUUUCGAAAAGCGAAUUUUCCCCGAUUCUCCCUUUAUACAAAGUUCGGUCAAAAAAGAAAGAAAGAAACGAGGAAAGGAGAGGAAGCGUUUCACACGAAAUUUUUUAUAUAUCCUCGAGACCGGGUUUUCUCGCAGUUGACGAUAAAUAAGUCUAUAAAUAAGUAAACGCGGAAGUCCUUCGACGACGGGAACCGACGUAAUAAAGAUUGUGGGACGCAUCGUUUUCUAUUCACAAGGGGACGACGAUUUAUUAUUAUUUUCCCGGCAUCUUCUCGGCGAAACGAAAUGUCGACGUGACCCCUUUCGAAAGCACCGUCGUCGCCGUCGCCGAGGCGGAUCGGCAUCGAGUUUAAUUCCUCCGACGGAUAUGAAUCCAAACUGUGGAGCGUGCAGUCAUCAUGGGACUUAAACGGUACGACUCGACUCCACGUCGCGCUCAAUCGAGAAUGCGUCCUACGAUUACGAAACUAUAGUACUAUGCAUGUAUGUAAGAACGUACACGAAAAAAGGUAUAAAAAAAAGGAAAAAAAAUGCCGUAGCACAAACUGGCUCGCACACACGUAGCUAAAAAAAAGUGGAUGGUAAAGAGUUUUGAAUCAAAGAGGCCUUGAUUCAACGACGUUUCUAAGCAAGUAUUACGCGUUACACGAUGUAUUGUAUAAUCCCGUGUUUAUAAUUUUAAUAAAAUACCAUCGCGUUAAAGAAACCCAGCA